AUGAUCAUCGUCUCGCCCGAAGCAGCUGGUCUAGUGCGUCUUCUGCAAGAGAGUGGCUACCGUGCACGCGUGGGGCCAUCACUGCCCGGGAGUGGCGGGGCGCAGGUGCUGGUGCCGCAGAAAAAGGUCGCACUUGGAUGGGCGGCGAGCGAGGCGGAAGCGAUGGCAACGGCGAGGUCUCUGCGGUGCGAGUUUGGCAACGGCUACACGCGCUUUCUCGUCCUUGCGCUCUCGAUCGAUGACAUGGAGUCGGUGCUGGCUGCAGUACAGGCUGAGGUGCUGACCGACCGGCCAGGCGUCGGGCUUGGCCGCGCCCCGGUCCGCCGCUGUGUCCAGGUUGUGCCAUGCGGAAGCCCAGACGAGCUGCUCGAGACGGCGCUGGUAGCGCUUGAGGCGGUGCUAGAGGAUCCCAAUAGCGAGGGCGGGAUUUUCGCCACAGAGGCGUUGGACGUGGGCGCGCGGAUGGCGGAGGCGCUGGCAGUGAUGGUGCCCGGCGAGGAGCCGCGCGUGGCGACCGCGCGCGCGUUUCUUGCUCAGUUCACCAUGGCGUCGCUGGCAGAGCUGGCGGUGGCAGCGACUCAUGACGGGCAGCACACGCCGGAUGAGGCCAUGCUCGCCUCGGCACUCGCCGACGGACUCGCAACCGAUGCCCGUGAGAGGCCGAAUGGAGUCAACUCGAGCCAGUCGGCCAGCGAAACGCUCAGCGACCUCGUCGCCGUCGCCAGCACCAUCACCGAACAGCUUGCCGCUACCGAUGAGCGCCUAGCAGCGUAG